AUGGUAUACAAGGUUACCCCUGACACCAUCGUCAAAGUGUACGUGUCCGCCGAUGAAGUUAUUACAGAAGCGCUUAACUUGAGCAUGAUCAAGACUAUGGCGACUAUUCCUGUUCCUGAGGUGCGAGAAGUAAUUAUUGAUACCGAAACUGCCGUGGACUACUUGGUCAUGGAGUACCUCAACGGUCGGACGCUAGAUGGUUGUUGUAAUGGUAUCACACUCUUCUCUAAGCUUCGCAUUGCUUGGACCCUGCACAGUUACGCUGCUCAGCUUCACCUUCCGCGGGGAACCGUUCCAGGGACUCUUAAUGGCACCUUGUGCACAAGACCACUCUUCACCGAUUACGGCGCCGGCCCAUUCGUAUCUUACGACGAUUUGACGGCAUGGUUUAACCACAAACUCGACGUAUCUCAGUGGAUGAAGAAAGCGCCUCUCGAUGCUCCCUGGUUCAACAGCUUGUGGCUAGUGGUCCUCACACCAGGACUUGUGUCCCAGGAACAUUUUGUUGGGGCGCGACGGCAAAUUGCAUGUGCUGAAUUGGCAUAG